GCGAAAGGGACCGUUAUCCCUUCUUUCCCAAGGAGCCGGAGUCGCCGGGUGCCGGUGCGCGGCGCAGGAUGCCGCUGCCCGACACCAUGUUCUGCGCGCAGCAGAUCCACAUUCCCCCAGAGCUGCCCGACAUCCUGAAGCAGUUCACCAAGGCUGCCAUCCGCACCCAGCCCGCCGACGUGCUGCAGUGGUCCGCGGGGUAUUUUUCAGCUUUGUCAAGGGGAGAUCCACUUCCCGUGAAGGACCGAUUGGAAAUGCCCGUGGCGACCCAGAAAACGGACACGGGGCUGAGCCAGGGGCUCCUGAAGGUGUUGCACAAGCAGUGUAGCCAUAAGCAGUAUGUGGAGUUGAACGAUCUUGAGCAGAAAUGGAAAAACUUGUGCCUGCCAAUAGAAAAAUUCAAAGCCCUCUUACAACUGGAUCCUUGUGGAGGCUCGAUGGAGUGGAUAAAGUUUUUAGCCCUUGGAUGCAGCAUGCUCGGUGGGUCCCUGAACUCGGCCAUGAAGCACCUGUGUGAGAUUCUCACCUCAGAUCCCGAGGGCGGGCCAGCCCGCAUCCCCUUCGAGACUUUCUGCUACGUCUACGAGUACUUGGCCGGGCUGGACCCAGACAUCCCUCCCGCGGACACGGAAGCCUACCUUGCCACUCUGAAGGAAAAGGUAGAAUCUAGGAAGAAUGACCUGAUAGGAGUUUCAGAUUUCUUCUCUGCAAAGAGAAAUAUUUAAAAAACCUCAACAAGAAAACUCUGAAGAUGUAGACCAUUAAUACGGAGAACAUCAUGUUUUAAUGUCAAAAAUAGUGCUGUUGAAAGACCUUGACACCAAAUACAACUUGUCAUUAACCACA